GCCGCGGGGAAGAAGUUUCUCAGAGCCGGCUUUAAAGGAUUAGUGUAGAGCGGCUGGUUCAGACAUUGUGUCCGGAGGCGCUCGGAUAAGAGACGCGGGGUGGUGGUGGUGAUAGUAGUUUAGCAGCAUGACUUCGACCAAUACUUUUCAGGGUUUGGAGAACCGCCCCAACUCCAGCCGAGUGCUUAAACCGCCUGGUGGUGGCUCUAGCAACAUAUUCGGUGCCCCUGAACAACCAGCCAGCAAACCUCACAAGAUGGCAUCUAAUAUUUUUGGACCACCAGAAGAAAUCUCUGUGCCAAAAAGAUCCAAUCCUCCAGGUGGAAAAGACAGUGGGAUUUUCAGUGAACCCAGUCCUGUUCCUUCCCAGCAAAGCACCAUUCCAGCUGGUGGGAGAAGUAUUGAUAUCUUUGGAGAGCCAGCUCCUCCCACUUCAGUUCGUACUCACCCAAACAAACCAAAGGACACCAACAUAUUCUCUGCAUAUGAAGAAAAUGAAAUGAAAGAUCAAGGAGAACAAGAAAGUGAAAAGAAGGAUGAAGAGAAACAAAAGGAGCCGACAGUGGAUGAUCACGAACCUCAUCUGGGUCCACGCCCACGAUCCCACAACAAGGUCACUCAGCCUCCUGGUGGUAAAUCCACACUUUCAUUGUUCUAGGGAUUCUCCAUGCCCAGUGAACCCACUCCAGCUUUCCAAAAUUCUGUUUGGAACACAACGUUCCCUUAUGUAGACUUAGUUGUGCCCAGAAUAUUUGCUGAACAGCAUUUGAUUUACAUAGCAUUUUCUUGUCUUUUCUCGUUCAAAGAGGUUUUUUUUCCCAAAGUAGCUGCUCAUUUCAUUUGAACCAGAAUUUUCUGGCCUAUUGUUUCUGACGUAUUCUAAAACUUAAAUUUGUACCUUCUGCAAACGUGGAAAUUUGUUUGUAUUAAAGUUGUUCUCCAGACAAGAUAUUGAUAACUACUGUAUGUUGAGCCUCAAUGUUACAAGUCCUCUGCUAAGGAUCAGUUUUUUUUAAACUACCUGUUUCUUUUAAUGGCUACAUUUAUUGGGUUCUGUAAUUGGUUACAUGCUGAUCAAAUGCACUUUUUGCAUGGAUGUAUAAAUCGUAUAACAAUAGGCCUUUGUUCACCAAGAUUGCAAGGCAGUGUGAAAUCUGGAUUGUUUCCUUUUCAUAAGAUUAAUUGACGUUAACAUUAUAAGCAACUUGGUUGUCUCAACUGUCUUGAAUACAGUUUAAAUACCCCCUGCUAAUGUGUGUAAACUGGAAGAUUUAGUUCUGAAAUAUUUAUUCCUGCAACAUGUUGGACAGAAUCUUUGUAUACUUGGCCAAGCCAUUUAUAAACAGGUUUCUUUUGUUGAAGUAUUUAUAAUUAUACAGGAUAUUCUGAAAUGACUAUCACAUCUAUACGGAAGUUAAUGAUGUGCUGAAAGAUUGUUACAGUGAUCCUCUUUUCCAAACAGUCUUGAUGGUACAAAUGUAUUAAAUAGAUGUUAUUUCUCUUCCAUCCAAUACUGUACUCAAUAUUUUGUCAUGCUCCUAUUAGUGCCAUGGACUUCAGCUGCUGCAGAGUUUCGAAUACUUUAAUUCACUCAAGUUGUGUGCUCAUGGUAGGUUAGUUAUUGCUAAUGAAAGAGCUGUUUCUUUGUAUUUUUAAUACAGCCGUCUGUAAGGUGCAGAUAACUGGAUGGUAAUGGCCAAGAAUAAGAGUACCUCAAUAAAAAUUGUAUUUUUCUUUU